GAAAGAGUCCGGGCUUUGGCCGUGGUCCUUGGCAGGCGGCUCCAUCACGAGGGAGGUGUCUGGAGCGAGAAGGGGUAUCGCCCAGCCAAGACGAGGGCCGCUGUUUGCCUGACCCAGCCGUGCAGCAGCAGCAGCAGCAGCAGCAGCUUGAUAUUUCUUUGGGACCCAGCCACCGGCAAUCAGAUCGGCCGGGUGCUCUCUGGCCACUCCAAAUGGAUCACGUGUCUGUGCUGGGAACCGCUCCACAUAAACCCAGAGUGCCGCUACCUGGCAAGUGCCUCCAAGGAUGGCAGCGUCCGCAUCUGGGACACGCUGAUGGGCAAGUGUGAAAAAAUCCUCACGAGCCACACGCAGUCGGUGACGUGUGUGAAGUGGGGAGGUGAUGGCUUGCUCUACUCCUCCUCCCAGGACAGGACCAUCAAAGUCUGGAGGAGCCAGGACGGGGUCCUCUGCCGCACCUUGCAGGGCCACGCUCACUGGGUGAACACCAUGGCCCUCAGCACUGACUACGUUCUCCGCACCGGUGCCUUCGAACCCGCUGAAGCCACCAUCAACCCACAGGAUGUGAGAGGCUCCUUGGCAGAACUGAAGGACAAGGCACAGCAGAGGUAUGACCAAGUCAGGGGCCAGGAACCAGAAAGGCUCGUCUCGGGGUCAGAUGAUUUCACACUGUUUCUUUGGAGACCAGCAGAAGACAAGAAGCCGCUAGAGAGAAUGACGGGCCACCAGGCAUUGAUAAACCAAGUCCUCUUCUCGCCAGACACCCGGCUAAUAGCUAGUGCUUCCUUUGACAAGUCCAUAAAGCUCUGGGAUGGCAGGACAGGAAAGUACCUGACGUCGCUGAGAGGACACGUCUCUGCUGUGUAUCAGAUCGCCUGGUCAGCCGACAGCCGCUUGCUGGUGAGCGGGAGCAGUGACAGCACGCUGAAGGUCUGGGAUGCCAAGAUGAAGAAACUGGCCAUCGAUCUCCCUGGCCAUGCAGAUGAGGUGAGGUCAACAGACUGGAGCCCGGACGGACAGCGGGUAGCGAGUGGCGGGAAGGAUAAGUGUUUGCGGAU